AUGGCUACUAAAGGAAGUUUUGUUUCGAAAGAAUCAACUGCAUCUUCCAUUCUCAUUCAACGACUUGCUUCUGUCCUUCCUAAAGACGCCAGCUUCAAAAUCUACCAUCUCUCUACCCCUCCAACCAAAACCUCAUCUUUAUAUUCUGCACCACCGAAUAGUCGCCCCGAUAGAACUUAUUGCGAAAGCCAUUUUCUUACCGUUUCGAUUCGAACUCCCUUUAAACAAGAUGCAUCUGAAUUGGUCGAAGUAUUAGUUUUUGCAAUCGAAAUCCUUAUCUACUCUACCGCAUACGAUACUACAUUCUUCGUUUCGAAGGCCGAUUCAACUGGUUAUCUUCACCUGUUAAAUCUGCCGAAGGGAACCUCCUCUCCCAUAAGAGAUAUCAGUGCUACAUUCUUACAGCAUUUGGUCGAGCAGCAUCAAAGGGAAAACAUUAGAAGUAUUGUGUCUCUUUUCGCAAGAGCCCAAGAUCAAUAUCUCUUCCCUGGGAGCAUCGAAUAUAGUGGAAAGCAUGUGCUGGACGACAGAGGCUUGGUGCGCUGGUGGUGUCGAGUACUUGAUCCGCUGAUAGAGCAAACAAAAACCUCGACCAAUUUGCACAAAUCACAAUGGGAUUCGGUGAAAGGCUUCUUGAUUGUGCCUGGACAGGAUAAUUAUGAGACAAGAUCGUAUCUUCCAGCAAGGGUAAAAGUACAGCCUGCGCAGAGCUCCUGGACCAUUGGUCAUCCACUCCGACAAAUAUCGAGACAUGCAGAUGAUGUUCCUCCACGAUGUUUAGUCCCACAUUAUCCUGACGAUCCAAAAGCAAGAUUCUUAGAUGAACUAGAUGAUGAGAUAGGCAGGGGUAAGGAUGAUGCAAGUGGACAAUGGAAGAGCGUGAAGAAUGUUGAUCAGUUUUGGGAGAUGAUGGCAUAUCGACAAGAGUGUUCAGCAGGACGACUGGUUGGAUUCAUAUGGAUUGUUUUUACACCACCGGCCCAGCAUAGUCAUGGAGAGCUUGUGCUUGGCAGCAGUCAGAGUUCGAUCUUGGCUAGCGAGAGCCAAGGAGUCAACUCUUCAUUUCUGUCAGUUCCGGAUACAACGACGAUCAAUUCCACCCCAUCGACAUCUUUCUCUACCUCAACCUUAUCUCAACAGUCGCUUUGCAAGUGCAAUGAUGCCUCACCACCUACUGAAGAAUCAACUCAACCAUCGAAGCUUUCUACUCAGCGAAAGAAGAAGAAACUAUCGGGUGUUAUUAUUCCAAGACAGCCACGUAUUAAGACUGAGAACAAGAAUUAUUUGCUAGAAAGACCUGAAAGCACUGCCUACUAUAGUUGGAGACCAGAAGGUCGCGGUCAAGUCAUCGUUGAUGAAACGGACUACCAUCGAAUCAAUGAAUUACUCCUUCGACUAGACUUUGCUGAUCUCGAACUAACAAGCUCGAGCUCCAAAAGAUGGAUCAAUGAAGUUCGCUCGGGUGCGGGAAAUAUGGGCGAUGCAUGGGGUCAAUUAGUCACAGGAACCAAAGUCACAGAAAUCAUAAACAAGACGGGUGGAGCAGGCAUUACCACCCUCAAUGUGGGACUCUUGCGUAAGAAAAGGAAAUCGAGCACCGAAGACCUCCAAGAGCCUACCGCGCCACCGACACCCCAGAUCCACAGUGAUCCAGGACCAGCACAAGCCGUCUCCUUAUCCACGAAUCCAUCGAGGAAAACCUUAAUUAUAGACUGCGGUCAGCAAAUAACCUUACAAGAUUACGACAAAUUGAGUUUCAUUAACUCCAUUUUUGGAGUGGUAAAUAGUCUCAUUUUGCUGGCAUCGACAGCUGUUACUGCUACAAAUGCCCUCGUUCUGAGCACAACCACUACACUCACAAGCCCUACUGCUGCUUCAACAAUUCCACAACGUGAUGCCACUACUACCGUUUCAACCGCAUCCACAAGCCCAGUGUACUUUCUAACAACCAACUUUAUUACAGUUGCGGGGGUAACGAAUGCAUAUGUAACGCUUCCAGCCAAAACGGUCUCUUUCGCUGUUCCUACCUGUAUCCAAACACUCACGCCGGACAACAAUGGAUACCUGCCUCCUGGUACAUGCAACGCUCUUUAUGACUACUAUCCAAGUUCUGCAUCGGCUUUAGCAUUUGCUGCUAUCUUUGGUGUUCUCACCUUAGCUCACAUUAUACAGGCAGUGUUUUACAGAAAUGGAUACAGUUUCUUCAUGAUCGCAGCUUCCUUAUGGGGUCUCGUUGCCUUCACUCUCCGCAUCUUGUCAACGCACAACCAACAAGAUAGUGUUCUCGAACUCAUGUCCUCUAUCUUCGCGUUGUCUAUCUCACCCUUGAUCAAUGCAUAUCACUACGUCCUCCUAGGUCAUCUCGUAAAUCACUAUUUCCCCAGUCGCUCCUUCCUCGGGAUUCGUGCGCAGUUCUUCGCACUCCCGUUUUUGGCAUUCAAUGCAGCGGCAUUUGUAUUAGAAAUUGUGGGUGCAACAAUGAUGGAGAGAUGGAACUUGGACGGGGAACAAAGGAAAGCUGAUCGUGUUUAUAUUGGAGGUUUGGUCGUGCAAAUGUUGGUUAUAUUUGUAUUUAACAGUGUACUGGUGGUGUUUUGGAAGGAGAUGAAUGGCUUGGGAAAAAGAGCCAUGACGAGUGUGGGUUGGAAAGGGUUAGUGGGGGCGAUGUCUGGAGGGUCGGGACUUGUGUUGAUCCAAAUCAUCUUCUCUCUCGUCCGAUUCUCCAGCGGAGAUGAGACAAAGAAUGCCCUCUCCUCUCACGAAUCAUAUUUUUACAUCCUAGAAAUCAUCCCAACAGUCCUGGCCAUAAUCAUCAUGAACGCCAUUCACCCCGGUCGAAUCAUGACAGGAGAAGAGAAAAUGGAAAGUCUAUGA